GGGCCGGACCGCGCCGACGGCUCCCGCGCCCCGACGCCGCCCCCCAUGAGCCGCGGCGGCCGCCCCCGCGCAGCACGGCGGCAGCGGACCCCCUCUGCAUGGCCCCGGCUGCGGACAUGACCACCGCGCCCACCGGGGUCCGCAGCGACGAGCCGCCCGCCUCCGCCUUCGCCAAGCCUGGCGGUGGCCUCCCCGUCGCGGCGGCUGCGAUGGGCGGAGAAGAGGAGAGCGACAAGCCCAAGGUUUCGCCUUCCCUCCUGCCGUUCAGCGUGGAGGCACUCAUGGCUGACCGCAGGAAGGCGCCGGGAGGCAGGGAGGGCCCGCUCGCCGGCCCCGAGGGCAACGGGGUCCCGGCGGCCGUCGGAGCGGCCGCCCGAGGGAGCCUCAGCCCCCGCCUGGGCGCCCCGACGGCAGAGGCGCCGGCGUCCCCGCUGCCCCUCGGCGGCCACUUCGCCGUCGGGGGGCUGGUCAAGCUGCCCGAGGAAGCGCUCGUCAAGGCGGAGAGCCCCGACAAGCAGGAGCGAAGCCCCUGGAUGCAGAGUCCCCGCUUCUCGCCGCCCCCACCCAGGCGGCUGAGCCCCCCAGCCUGUACCCUGCGCAAGCACAAGACGAACAGGAAGCCCCGGACGCCCUUCACCACAGCGCAGCUGCUGGCCCUGGAGAGGAAAUUUCGGCAGAAGCAGUACCUGUCCAUUGCCGAGCGUGCCGAGUUCUCCAGCUCACUCAGCCUCACGGAGACCCAGGUGAAGAUCUGGUUCCAGAACCGCCGUGCCAAGGCCAAGCGGCUCCAGGAGGCCGAGCUGGAGAAGCUGAAGAUGGCAGCCAAGCCCAUGCUGCCACCCGCUGCCUUCGGCAUCUCCUUCCCGCUGGGCGGCCCGGCUGUGGCCGGUGCCUCCUUGUACGGUGCCUCCAGCCCUUUCCAGCGGGCAGGGCUGCCUGUGGCUCCCGUGGGACUGUACACGGCACAUGUGGGAUACAGCAUGUACCACCUCACAUAGAGCUGAGCCCUGCCCAGCCUGCCGGCCCCGCACAUGCUCCCUCCCUGCUCCUCCAGCUCUGUACCCUCGCUGCGGACUCCCCCACAGGCCUUGUGGCAGAGACUUCUCCAGUCUGGCUCCAUUUCUCCCGUCCAGUCUUGAUCUGCUCUC